AUGGCGUCCGCGGGGUCGAACACCAUCAAGGUUGUCGCCAGAUUCCGCCCGCAGAACAAAGUCGAAUUGUCCUCUGGUGGUAAGCCGAUCGUCGAAUUCGAGAAUGAGGAGUCAUGUCGCAUCCAGUCCCAAGAGGGAAAUGGCGCCUUCACUUUUGACCGCGUUUUCCCCAUGGACACUGCGCAAAACGACAUCUUCGACUUCUCGAUCCGGCCCACGGUGGACGAUAUUCUGAAUGGAUACAACGGAACUGUUUUCGCCUACGGUCAGACUGGUGCCGGAAAAUCGUAUACAAUGAUGGGAUCCGACAUUGACGACGACAUCGGGAAGGGUAUCAUCCCUCGAAUGAUCGAGCAAAUCUUCGCCAGUAUCUUGACAAGCCCGAGCAACAUUGAGUACACGGUUCGGGUCAGCUAUAUGGAGAUCUACAUGGAGCGUAUUCGCGAUCUGCUGGUACCCCAAAAUGAUAACCUUCCCGUCCACGAAGAGAAAGCACGCGGGGUGUACGUCAAGGGUCUGCUCGAAGUUUACGUGUCCAGCGUGCAGGAGGUUUAUGAAGUGAUGCGCCGGGGAGGAGCGGCACGCGCCGUCGCUGCGACGAACAUGAAUCAAGAAUCGUCGCGCUCGCACUCCAUCUUCGUCAUCACCGUCACUCAGAAGAACGUUGAGACCGGAUCUGCCAAGAGUGGUCAAUUGUUUUUGGUCGAUUUGGCUGGUAGUGAGAAGGUUGGAAAGACUGGUGCAAGUGGUCAGACCCUGGAAGAGGCGAAGAAGAUCAAUAAGAGUUUGAGUGCGCUUGGAAUGGUCAUCAAUGCCUUGACCGAUGGCAAAUCAACACACGUUCCGUACCGUGACUCAAAACUUACCCGAAUCCUCCAAGAAUCACUGGGUGGUAACUCGCGGACGACUUUGAUCAUCAAUUGUUCGCCCAGCAGCUACAACGAUGCGGAAACAAUAUCGACCCUACGUUUCGGUGUACGCGCCAAGGCCAUCAAGAACAAGGCCAAGGUUAAUGCAGAGCUCAGUUCCGCGGAGAUGAAGCAACUACUACGCAAGGCGCAGGGCCAGAUGACGAAUUUCGAAAGCUACAUUUCCGCGCUGGAAGGAGAAAUCAAUAUGUGGCGUAGUGGUGAUAGUGUGCCAAAGGAACACUGGACUCCCGCGCGAGGAAAUGAGAUUGUCAGCGCCACGAAGGCUGAGGCUCGCGCCCCACGACCAAGUACCCCAUCGCGUCUACAGGAAACUGCACGUUCAGACACCCCGCGCCCGGAUUCACGAGUUGGUGAUCGAUCCAGUACCCCCAGCCUGGUGCUGGAGAAGGACGAACGGGAAGAAUUUUUGCGCCGUGAGAACGAAUUCCAAGACCAGCUUUCGGAGAAAGAGUCCCACAUUGUUGCCGUGGAACGGAGCCUCCGCGAGGCGCGCGAUGAGCUUAAGUCUAUGAAGGAGAAUGGUGCACGAACCGGCAAGGAUAAUGAGCGUCUGGGCACUGAAGUCAACGAGCUCCGCAUGCAGCUUGAGAAGGUCUCGUACGAGAGCAAGGAGGCUGCUAUUACUAUGGAUGGACUCCGUGAAGCUAAUGGGGAGCUGACUGGGGAGCUAGACGAGGUGAAGCAGCAGCUUUUGGAUGUCCGUAUGAGGGCCAAGGAAACCACUGCAGCGCUCGAUGAGAAGGAGAAGAAGAAGACAGAGAAGAUGGCCAAGAUGAUGGCUGGUUUCGACCUUGGCGGGGAUGUGUUCUCAGACAACGAGCGCAAGCUGCAAGAUCUGAUUCAACGUGUCGAUUCCCUUCACCAAAUUAGCGCCGAGGGUGAAGUGAUCGCGCCCGACGAUAUCCUUGAGCUUCGCACGAAUCUCCUCGAGACGCAAGGCUUCAUCCGACAAGCCGAGCUUACUGUCAACGACCGUAGUGACUUUGGCGAGCUGCAGGACAGCCGUCGCGUUGACUUGGAGCAGAAGUUAAAUGACCUCCAACAAGAAUACGAGGCUCUCCUCACCCGCAACCUGGGUGAAGGCGACGUGGACGAGAUUCGGGAACGUUUGGAGAGAGUCUACUCCACGAAGAAAGAGGCCGAGCUCACAGCAGCCGAAGAGCUUCGAUCCGACAUCUCGCGGAAAGAUGAAGAGUUGACCAAACUGCGACAGUCCCUGGUUGACACUCAAUCGCGCACGUCCACCAACGGCGCUGCUAGCAAGACGCUGCAGCAGCAGAUCACCGAGUUCGAUGCCAUGAAGAAGUCUCUCAUGCGUGACCUGCAGAACCGCUGUGAACGUGUGGUUGAGUUGGAAAUCUCGUUGGAUGAUGCUCGGGAGCAAUAUAACAACGUCCUUCGCUCAUCUAACAACCGAGCCCAGCAGAAGAAGAUGGCCUUCUUGGAGCGCAACCUCGAGCAGUUGACACAUGUACAGCGUCAGCUCGUGGAACAGAACAGCAGCUUGAAGAAGGAGGUCGCCAUUGCGGAACGUAAGCUCAUUGCUCGAAACGAACGCAUUGCCAGCUUGGAAGCCUUGCUCCAAGAGAGUCAAGAAAAGCUAACCCAAGCCAACCACCGAUUCGAGGCUCAACUCACUGCUGUGAAAGAGCGCCUUGAAGCAGCAAAACAAGGGUCAACGCGCGGUCUCCCGAGUAUGGAUGGGAAUGCGAGCUUUAGUUUUGGGGGGUCGCGUAUCGCGAAGCCCUUACGAGGGGGCGGUGAUGGCCCGUCGCCGCCGAAUGCGAACGUUGCUGGCGUACAGUCGCAAGAAACAACCGGCAAGCGCAGUAGCUGGUUCUUUGACCGCCGAUGA